CACACACACAGGGACACACACACAGGGACACACACACAGAGACACACACACAGGGACACACAUCUUCACACACACGUACACGUAGACACACACACUCUGUGGUGAUGUCUGAGGCGGAGGGGUGUGUGUCGGUGUGGGAGUGGCUGUGUGCUCUGCAUCUGGACCAGUAUUUCCCAGUGUUCCAGGACGCGGGGUUUGGAACGUUGUUGGAAUGCCAAGGGCUGACCCAGGAUCAGCUGGAGACGAUUGGAAUCAAACUGCCUGGGCACCGCAAACGCAUCCUAGUCAGCCUGCAAAAAACACACCACCACACACACCCCGAGAGAGAGCACGAUGCCCUACUCACACAUCUGGCUGCAGAGGGAGACCAGAGAGAGGAAGAGAGAGCUGUGUUCAGACCCAGUCCUUUGAGGAGAGAGACACCACUACCUGCACAGAGACCAGUAUCCAGAGGAGAGAGACCAGUCCCUAAGGAGAGAUCAGUGUUCAGGGAAAAAGAGAGGGAUGGAGAGAGACCGAGACCAAUCCCCAAGGAGAGGACUAAGUACCGGUCUGUCCCUGUAGAGACAUUGGACUGUGGCCAGACUUCCCCCCAUCCCAACCCUACCUUCUGCCCUACCACCCCCAAUCCCAACUCUACCUCCUACUCUACCGCCCCCCAUUCUACUGCCCAAGACCCCCCCUUACCCCCCAUCCCCCCUCGCAGCACCCCAAACGGCCCCCCACUACGCUUCACCCCCACCUCCCCUAAACACUCCCCCAUGGCACCCAAACCCAGACAUAAACAUAACAAUACACAGUCCUCUACAAACACUCAGACCACACCUCUCCACCAAUCCCCCCACAGUACCCCCUCCCUAGCCUCUCCACCAAUCCCCUCACUGUACCACUCCCUAGCCUCUCCACCAAUCCCCUCACUGUACCACUCCCUAGCCUCUCCACCAAUCCCCACAGUACCUCUCCCUAGCCUCUCCACCAAUCCCCCCACAGUACCUCUCCCUAGCCUCUCCACCAAUACCCCCACAGUACCUCUCCCUAGCCUCUCCACCAAUCCCCCCACAGUACCUCUCCCUAGCCUCUCCACCAAUCCCCGCACAGUACCUCUCCCUAGCCUCUCUACCUCUCCUGUUUCACCAGCCAGACACCCCCAGCAGGUGGGGGAGGGAGGGAGAAAGCCCUCUCCUGUUUCACCAGCCAGACACCCCCAGCAGGUGGGGGAGGGGGGGAGAAAGCCCUCUCCUGUUUCACCAGCCAGACACCCCCAGCAGGUGGGGGAGGGAGGGAGAAAGCCCUCUCCUGUUUCGCCCUCUUCCUCCUCCUCUUCCUUCUCAGUUGAACAAUAUGACCAGUCUUCCUCUUCUGAUCAAUGCGUGCCCACCCUCCCCCCUAAAGUCUACGUGGUGGGGGCGUGCCCUAAAGAGCCUCGCGGCCCUGCUCCAAUCCCACGUCGACCUCCUGUUUUGCCCCCCAGAACCACACCCACACAUAGCGAUGUUCCAGUCAAUGAGCCGCACACAGAGCGAACUCCACCCCCCCCGCCUCGGACCAGGGUACACAACACACCAGUCGACACGCAGCCUACUCUGCCAAUGAGAAGAGUCCCCCAGCCACCGCCUGAAAUCAGGUCAGAUUUUGGUGACAGUUCAGAUGACUCUGAGGAUCCAGACCAAGUUUACCCCAAGCCCCAGUCUGUGAACAUGGCAGACAGGGAUGUGUUCCUGCCGGUGCCGGGGUGGGGGAAGGGGCGGUACAGCUCUCUCUGCAGUGACGAUGAACUAUUGGACGAUGACAACGAGCCAAUCAGCAACCGUCAGAGCUCAUGGCAGGACUAUGGUCUGAGUACGCUACAGGAGAGUGUCUACCUGCCGGUCACAGGCAGGGUCCUAGCCCAGCCCCCUAGAGAUGGCCCCUCCCCUGUUCUAAAGAUGGGCUGGCUGGAUAAGAACCCACCGCAGGGGUCUCUGUACUACCAGAGGAGAUGGGUGAAGCUGGAUGUUGACUACCUGAGAUACUUUGACAACGACAAGGAGGUAUACUCUAAGAGGAUCAUACCAACGGCUGCCAUUACGGGGGUGACCAACGUGGGGGAGCAGAAAUUUGAGGUGGUCACAACCAACCGGACCUUUCUCUUCAGAGCCGAGAGCGACUUUGAGAGGAAUGAGUGGGUGUCAGUUCUGCAGAACUUCACUAGGGGGUGCCAGGAGGGCAGCAAGGAGAUUACUUCAUCGGUCCCACACUCCUCGAUGACCCCUGGUUCACCCCUGACCCCUGAACAGCAGGGCUACUUGGAGCUGAGGGGCCUGCGCUCCAAACUCUACACAGUCGUCUCCGGAGACAAGGUCUUCCUCUACAAGAACAUGGAGGACUACCGUCUUGGCAUCGGCAUCACGUCUAUCGACAUGAACGUAGGAAACGUGAAAGACACUGACCGCCGCAGCUUUGAUCUGACAACACCCUACCGCAUCUUCAGUUUUCUAGCGGAUUCAGAACAACAUAAAGACCAGUGGGUAGAAGCGAUGCGUGAAGCGAUUGGAGAGGCUCUGUCCAAUAGCGAGGUGGCUAAUAAAAUCUGGGCGGAGCCUAGCAAUGGUUGCUGUGCCGACUGUGGCGCCGCCAAACCUGAGUGGGCUGCCAUCAACCUGUGUGUGGUGGUCUGCAAACGCUGUGCAGGAGAGCACCGCGGUUUGGGCCCCAGCAUCUCUAAGGUGCGCAGUCUGAAGAUGGACAGGAGGGUGUGGACAGAGGAGCUUAUACAGGUGUUCCUGUUGCUAGGUAAUGAGCGUCUGAACAGAUUUUGGGCGGCGAACGUCCCUCCCAGCGAGGCGCUGAGUCCGACCAGUUGUAGCGAAGACCGCCGACGAUUCGUCAGCUCCAAAUACAGACAGGGAAAAUACCGCAAAUACCACCCCCUCUACGGCAACCAGGAAGAGCUUAACAACUAUCUAUCCCCUCCAGUAUCCAGCCCCUCCAGUAUCCAGCCCCUCCAGUAUCUAUCCCCCUCCAACCUUAUGUCUGUGUUCUGUGGAGCUGAUGUGAACUGUUCUACUGGCCAGGCUGACUGUCCCUCCCCUCUCUCCCUGGCACUCGCCCACAACCAGAAACUACAGGCCCAGUUCCUCUCACACAACCUCAACACAGAGCUGCCUCGGUCGGAGGUGACUGGGGUCAUGGAGCCUCAACACUAUUCACCACAGCACCCCGUCACUCACAAUGGCUUCCUUUUCAAGACCGCCUCCAUGGCCCGGCCUAUCACGGAGCGUAAGGCCAGGGAGGAAUCUGUGUGUGUGUGUUUUAGGUCUGACAUCGAGGGUAUCUACCGUAAGAGCGGUGUGAACAGUCGCGUGGCGGCGCUGUGCGAGGCAUUUCGACGUGAUGCCCGUAGCGUGCGUCUGAAGGAGGGUGAGCACCAGGUGGACGACGUGUCUAACCACACUGAACGCUUCUUCAGAGAGUCUGGAGAGGGACUGUUCACCAUACUGGCUGCUAGCGCAUGGCUCAGCACACCUGUGAUCCCAGAGGAGAGCAGAAAGAUCUGUCAGUACCAGCUGCUGCUGAGCCAGCUGCCCAGAGUCAACAAGGCCACGCUACGAGCCCUGGUCAACCACCUCUACUGUGUGCAGCGGUUUGCAGAGCUGAACCAGAUGAAUCUCCAUAACCUGGCUAUAGUAUUUGGCCCAACACUGUUCCAGAGCGACGGGAAGGACUACACCGCUGGCCUCGUCGUAGAGGAACUCAUAGAGCACUACACGGACGUCUUUGAGGUGGAUGAGCUGCAGCUGAAAAGACAGCUGGAUGAGAUCACGGCCAUCAUUAAAGUCAGAGAGAAGUUGAACCACAACUCCAGCGUCCCUGCGUCGGGGUCAGCAGGUGACUUCAUCUGUACAGUGUACCUGGAGGAGAAGAAGGAGACGACAGAGCAGCAUGUCAAGAUCCCUGGUUCUAUGACGGCAGCAGAGCUGACCUGUGAGAUUCUGGACCGGCGGAAGAUCCAGGUCAGAGACAAAGACUACUGGAGCUGCUGGGAGGUCAGCCAGAAGGAGGAGACCGAGCGUCCAUUGCAUCAUCUGGAGCGUGUGUUACCCAUCAUCCAUUCUCUGGGUACCGACUCCCACUUGCUGGUCAAAAAACAUCUCGCCAUGGAGGCCAUACGCAUCUACCUGGCCAGUAAAGUGGAUGUGUCCAAGCACGGGAUGGUGAAGUUCCGGGAGGAGAGGAGCAUUCUGGGAUUGGGACUGAAUACCGGCAGCUUCCACGACCGCUACUUCAUCCUGAGCACUGCCUCCCUCAGGAUGUACAAGGAAGUGCGGAGUAAUCGUCCAGAGAGGGAAUGGCAGGUGAAGAACCUGAGGGUCUAUCUAGGCAUCAAGAAGAAACUACGACCACCCACCUGUUGGGGUCUGACUCUGAUCAAUGGAAGUGAAAAACAGGAGAAGCCAGAGAGGCAGCAAUGGUAUCUGUGUUGUGACACUCAGACAGAGAUGAGGGAGUGGUUCUCCACCUUCCUCACUAUCCAGUAUGAUGGGAACGUGUGGCCAGCGGAUGCAGUACAAACACGUGUGACCCGUGCGUUGCCGGCGGAUACUCGUCAUGGUAAUGUGGCGUUGAUUCCGUUGCGCGGCAGCGAAAAUGAGAUGCGGAACAGCGUUGCAGCUUUCACCGCCGACCCGCUUGGUGGGAUAGACCACCAGCCGUAGAACCCACAAAGUCUUCAGAACAUUCCAGUAACGACCCCCUCCCCCCCCUGCCCCUGCCACACACACACCUGUGCCUAUGAGCUGGACCUCUAAGCAGGGGCAGCAGGUGUGUCAUGAGGAGAGAGAGACUCUGUUACCACAGUGCCUUUUAGGACUGCAGUGCACCCUGUGAUACAUGGAGGACCUGUAAGAAGCUCCUGGUAUGGACUGAGAGGCUGAGAACAAAGACUGACUGAGUACAGACUGUUACUGGAACAGACUGACUGAGUACAGACUGACAUGGAACAGACUGACAUGGAACAGACUGACUGAGUACAGACUGUUACUGGAACAGACUGACUGAGUACAGACUGACAUGGAACAGACUGACAUGGAACAGACUGACAUGGAACAGACUGACUGAGUACAGACUGAUUGAGUACAGACUGAUUGAGUACAGACUGACUGAGUACAGACUGACUGAGUACAGACUGACUGAGUACAGACUGUUACUGGAACAGACGGUCUGAGUACAGACGGACUGAGUACAGACUGACUGAGUACAGAAUGUCACUGGAACAGACUGACUGAGUACAUACUGACUGAGUACAGACUGACUGAGUACAGAAUGUCACUGGAACAGACUGACUGAGUACAGACUGACUGAGUAUAGACUGUUACUGGAACAGACUGACUGAGUACAGACUGACUGAGUAUAGACUGUUACUGGAACAGACUGACUGAGUAUAGACUGUUACUGGAACAGACUGACUGAGUACAGACUGACUGAGUAUAGACUGUUACUGGAACAGACUGACUGAGUACAGACUGACUGAGUAUAGACUGUUACUGGAACAGACUGACUGAGUACAGACUGACUGAGUACAGACUGUUACUGUUUGUCUCUGAGAGGCCUGGAGAUAAUGGGAUGAUCUUCACCGACAAUCCAGCCGUCACUGUCCCUGUAUGUCCCACAUCAACCCUGUCCCCUCCUCGAACCGUCCCUUGUGAACUCUCCCCCACCUGUACCCUCACCUCGUCAGCCUCACCCGUGUCCCCUUCUCUCUUAAAGACUCCCCCAUCUGUAGAGUGCUCACAUCACCUCUCCCACGGUCUUCUCCCUCCAUGUUUUAGACUGUAAUUAUUUAUCUCUCCAGCAGAGGGAGCACCAUAUAGGAAGUUAAGGGGGACUCUGUCCAUUUAGAAAUAGGGUUGUAUAUGUAGGUAAACUGUUAGACAACCAUGACCAUCACUAGACAUUAAGUUGGUUCCACUAGACUAGAGGGAGGACAGUGAUGUGUGUGUGUGUGUGUGUGUCCAAGUUCACUUAUUGUAGUGACAUCAUUACUCCCACUUCUAGGUCUUAACCUGUAGAGACACCCCCACCCAACCAACCCACUCACUCACUACUCACUCACUCACCCAACCAACCCAGCCAGCCAGCCAGCCAGCCAGCCAGCCAGCCCCCCCCCCCCCCCCCACUGGCCCUCAUAUCUGUUUUUGUCCAAUGAAAGAACUGAUCUGUUUCCUGCUUUGUUAAGACGGAUCGUCUGUCUGGUACUCUGUACACUUGAAUAAACACAUUUCAGCCAGAGCUGUGUCUAUCAUUUAGACUCCUAACCAUGUGAUGACGUGGAGCAGUCAUUGUUUGACUGUAGUCUGGUUCAACCAGCAUGGAUCUGGUGAGCUCAUGUUCUCUUUCAAUUCAGUACAAACUAACCGCGGGCACAGCGGUGAGACUGGUUUCACAACGCUUGUGUGACUGACUGUGACCUACUGGUCAGGAAUCAGGAAGGGUCUACUGCUCUGCAGAUGGAUCAAAAAGCUAUGUAUUCUCAUCAAUAUCACAUACUCUCAAUCAUCUCAUGUAGCAUUUCACUUUUAAUCUGUCUCUGUCUCAUAAAUGUGUUUUUAUGUGAAAAUAACUUUUGUAAUUCUGCUGUUCUUCAGAUUGUAACUGUAGGUAUGGUUUUAAUAAAGUCUAUGCUCGUUGGAUCUACA